AUUCAAUGAAUAUGCUGUUAAAAAUAUUGAGGAAAAAAAUGAACAUGUGUCUACCAAAGGAUGCUAGAACUUUCCUGAAAACAAAUAGAAAUGGACCAGAAAUAUCAAAAAUUGGAGAUGGUCUGUUUUGGUAUCGCGGUGUUAAAGAGGGCCUCACCAAGCAUUUGCGUUUUGUUAAGGUGCCAAGCACUCUUUCGCUGAACAUCUUUAUAGAUGGACUACCACUAAGUAAAAGCAGUCCAACGCAGUUCUGGCCUAUAUUGGCAAAUAUUUAUGAAAUGCCUCAACUAUCGCCAUUUACUAUAGCAAUUUAUGCCGGAAGAUCAAAGCCAAAUGAUCUGGAUAAAUAUCUGAAGCAAUUAGUGUCAGAAUUAAAUACCCUUAUUGAUGGAGGAACAAUUAUUAACCAGACAAAAAUAGCAAUUCGAGUGCGAGCCGUCAUAGCAGAUACUCCUGCUAGAUCGUUUAUCAAAGGUGUAGCGAAUUUUAAUUCUGCCGAUGGAUGUCUCAAAUGCACAUGCGAAGCAGAAUUUAAUGAGGAUGGAACACUGUUAGCAUUUCGCACCAGUUUGGAUGCCAAUUUUCCGGGAAUAUUGGGCCAUAACAAGUAAUAUUUUCCACUACUAGUUCCCUGCACCCAUCCAUCAGGCACAAGACAUAAUUCUCCAUAUCCCUUAGGGCCUAAGGUCUCCACAAUGGAAAAUCCCAUUGUUAUGAUCCUUUAAUAGUGAAAAAUGAACAAUUACUUUAAAACUAAAUUAUAUGUCUUACUUUAAAUAUUACCUUACACAGGACACUAGGUUAUCAGCUGACCAAGAGCAAAUUUAAGCACAAUACCUGCAGAAUUGCAAAAUACGCAGUGCUUGUGAUAUUCAGCCUCAUACAAUUGAAAAAUAAAAAACUUGCUCCUCUGA